GCCAGAGUUAUUCAGCAGUGAAAGUGACAAGAGCUGUCUAAGCAGAGAGAAGAAAAGUAGCGAAGAACCUGUCAAACAUUGGAAGAUCAGAAAACCUCUGUUUAAAGUUUGAUUGUUUUCUGGAAAUGAAGAUGACAAGCGGCAAAAUCCCCAUCAGCUCCCUACUGGUUCUCCUGGUCUUGCUGACCAUUACUGAAGGAAUAAGUCUGAGGGGGUUGGGGAUGGAACUGCGCUGCCGCUGCAUCCAGACAGAGAGCCGUCAGAUUGGUCGUCACAUCGGGAAGGUGGAGAUCAUUCCGGCCAAUUCACACUGUGAAGAAACUGAGAUCAUUGCCACUCUGAAAAGGACGGGCCAAGAGGUCUGUCUGGAUGCUGAUGCUCCAUGGGUCAAGAAUGUUAUUGAGAGGAUGAUUUCAAGCAGAAGGCAUUGAAAUCUCCAGAAUUCAAUGGUUUGUUCAAUGCUGGGCUGUUUGUGGACGAACACCAUCAGAAGUAGUAUUACCAUGAGGAGGCAAGGUCACUGAGUUGCUUGUGUGGUUGUCAGACUAUUUAUGUUAUGUUCAUGGUGAAAUAGUGCCCUGCACUAUUAUGCUAUACCUAUUAUAAUUGUUGCAUGAAACAUGAAGAUGUUGUGUUUCAUUAUUAGCAUAUUUCUUUAUAAGAGAAUUGUUUUACCUACCUCUGAAGUAGUCUUCCCUUCUUUUCUCAAUUGUACAUCUUGGAAAAUGUUUUGAAAAUUCUUCAAGUACCGGUUCAGUUUUGUUGUUGUUGGUGGACAUGUAAGACCUAUUUAUUCGUUUUAUUUAUCAAUUUAUUAUUAUUAAACGUACAGGCUUUUGAAGAAAUAUGUAUCUAUUUAAAAUAAAAUAUAACAACAAUGAAAA